AUACAUAUGGGCAUUGAUGGUGAUGUGAAAAUCACGACAUCUAAAUUAAACAGAACGUCACCAACAAGACAUCAUUUAUCUCAUCCAUUCUUGAAAACAUCAAAUAGAAUGUAACUUUGGUACAGGAGGAAAAUUCAAAAUUAAGAAAAAAAACAAAUCAACAUUGGCUUCGAUCAAAAUUAAUCAUUCGCAUCAAAAAUGACACCGGGCAUAAGGCAUCGUUUAACAAAAACCGACAAUAUUCAACCACUACCGAAACGAGGACCGAAAAAAACAAAACCAAAACCGGACACUUUUGAACCAAAACCAAACAAUUGUGAAAAAGUGGCGAUAGCAAGGUUGAGUGAAUUGAAACCGGGAGCUGAUGUGGCGUUCAAAGCAAUACUGAGUGCGCGUUUUUGUGCAGCAAUUUGGAGUCACAUAUCGGAUUGUGACGAAACAUUCAACUACUGGGAACCAUUGCACUUUCUUGUCUAUAGCCAUGGCUUACAAACUUGGGAAUACAGUCCAGAAUUUGCAUUGCGUUCGUAUACGUAUCUGCUGUUUCACGCUGUUCCGGCUUGGUUUUACAACAUUCUCUUUCAUCCAAAUCCGAUGCUUGUGUUCUACUUCGUUCGUUGUCUGCUUGGCUUGUGUUGUGCCGUUAUGGAAGCGUAUUUCUACAGAGCGGUGUGCCGUGAAUUUGGUGUACAAAUCGGACGAAUCUGGCUAAUUUUCCAGUUGUUCAGCGCAGGAAUGUUUACCGCGGGCACUGCACUGUUGCCGAGUACAUUCUCAAUGUACUUUAGCUGUGCAUCAUUGGCAUGCUGGUGGCAUCAGAAAUACCCGUUGGCCAUCUUUUUCGUUGCGAUAUCAACAAUAUUGGGUUGGCCAUUUGCAGCUGUACUAUCACUGCCACUGUGCUAUGAUGUUCUGGUGAUUCAGAAGAAAUAUCGACUAUUUGCAUUUUGGGCUGGAAUUUCUGGUUCAACGAUACUUUUACCAAUGGUGUCCAUCGAUUCGAAUUACUUUGGCAAACUAACAAUCGCCCCGCUGAAUAUGGUUCUCUACAAUGUGUUCACGUCGCACGGACCAAAUUUGUACGGCACCGAACCGUGGACAUAUUACUUUAUCAAUGGCUUCUUAAACUAUAAUAUCGUAUGGGUUUUGGCAUUGGUAACGCCAUUGGUUCUGUUUAUCGUUCAUUUGGUUGUACCAGCGAAAAUAACACCAACACUUUAUCUGCCAUAUUAUUUAAGCCUGGGACCACUAUAUAUAUGGUUGUUAAUUUUUAUGGUGCAACCGCAUAAAGAGGAGCGUUUUCUCUAUCCAAUCUACCCGAUGAUAUCGUUGUGCGGCGCAAUUUCGGUCGAUGCUAUUCAAAAGCUAUUGUAUCGUCUGCGAGUAGCUGUUAAACCAUUUCCACCUGGGUCACACUAUCUGGACCAUACCAUGUGGGUUGUUGGCAUUGUAAUGAUCUUACCAUCAAUUUUAGGAUUGUCACGCGUUGCAUCUCUCUACUACAACUAUCAUGCACCAAUGGAUGUUAUGAUCGAGCUGAAUACGUUCCACUUGGAACAAAACCAUUCACCAAAUGUUCGCUACAACGUUUGCGUCGGCAAAGAUUGGUACCGUUUCCCGGGAAGUUUCUUUUUGCCAGCACCGAAUUUCCGACUUCGUUUCCUCAAAUCGGAAUUCAAAGGCAUGCUACCGGCUUACUAUGAAGAAAGUAUCAACGGCACGAAAAUCGUUCACGAUUAUUUCAAUGACAUGAACCAGGAGAACGAAGCAAUGUACUUUAAUUACACAAAAUGCCAUUUCUUAUUCGAUCUCGAUGUGGGCAAAGAGACCGAACUCGAACCAAACUAUGCAAAAAAUACCAAAGAGUGGACCACUGUUAAGUCAAUCCCAUUUUUAAAUGCCGAAAAAUCGCAGGCCAUUUACAGGGCAUUUUUCAUUCCAUAUAUCAGUGAUAGAUAUGUUGAAUAUGGACAAUUCAAUCUAUUGAAACGGAAAAAAUUCAAUAUGAAUUAAUAACGAAUUGUAGAAACGUAAACAAAAAGAGAAAAUUGUGUAAAACAAAAAAAAGUAAUACUUUAAGUCCAAUGCAUUAAAGCAAAAUGAAUUGUUGUAAGAAAAUUUCGAAGAAAUUACAACGAAAAUAGAAAUAAAGUCUUGUAGAACUGAAAA